AAGCCCCCCGCACUGUAAAACACCCUGCCCACAAAUGGCAAAUUGGUACCAGCAGGGCUUUGCUGUUUGAUUAAUCAUGUCCGGACCGGACGUUUUAACUUUUUUGAACCAUGUCCCCCUUUUGUGUCCAUAUGUAUCAAAUGAUAGGCGGGAAUAUCUUAUUCGGUAAAAAAUGCUUUGUUAGACUCCAUUUCGCAUCAUAGGCUCUGCCUCUUUGGAACUUCCGAAACCUCCCAUGCGCGACCCAAUCCGGGCAUCACUAGUGGCCAGACCCGUCCCUGUUUCGAAAAAUAACACCGUUUGGGAGAUAAUUUCCGUUUAAAAAGACUCCGGAAGUAAAGGGGGGGCCGCCAUUGCAUUUCAUCAUGGAAACGCAAGUGCCUUCGUCGACAAACAUCCUCGUGAUUGGUGGAGGACCCGCUGGGUCUUACGCUGCCGCCGUUCUUGCGAGAGAGGGUUUCGAGGUCCUCCUCCUAGAGAAGGACGUCUUCCCCCGGUACCACAUCGGAGAGAGCAUGCUUCCAUCUUGCCGCCCGUUCCUCAAAUUUAUCGGUUUGGAAGAAAAGGUGAAAAACUACGGUUUUGCGCCAAAGCCUGGGGCAGCAGUCAAGCUUAAUCAGUAUAAACGCGAAGGAUACACCGAUUUCAUAUCAACCAACCCCGACAACGGGGCUUGGAACGUCGUACGAUCAGAAUUCGACGAGCUCCUCCUCCGCCAUGCAGCGGAAAUGGGCGUCCACGUGUGCGAGGGCGUCCGAGUUGAGAAAGUGCGCUUCGCGCCUGACGAGCCUGUUCGACCGGUUUCGCUCGUUUGGAGUAGUAGUAGAGGAGGCGACGCGACCGCGACGCGGGGGGGAGAAGUGUCCUUUAGGUGGCUUGUUGAUGCUUCUGGGAGGAACGGGCUGAUGUCCACGAGGUACCUGAAGAAUAGGACGUUCAACGAGUCCCUGAGGAACGUCGCGGUAUGGGGAUAUUGGACUGGUGCGGAAUGCUACGCGCCAGGGACGACGAGAGAGAAUGCACCGUGGUUUGAGGCGUUGACCGAUGAAACGGGUUGGGCUUGGUUCAUUCCCCUUCACAAUGGAACUACUAGCGUCGGCGUCGUCCUCGUCGAGGAAGAGAGCAGGCGUAAGAAGAUGCAGCACCGUUCGAAAUCAAACGAGAAAUCGCCCGAGGAGGUACAGCACGACUGCUACAUGGCGGAUCUUCAACGAGCUCCUGGGCUUAUUCGGCUCCUGGGAAAUGCGAGAUUCGAAGGAAAGCUUAGGUCCGCUGGUGAUUAUAGCUAUCAUGCGACAGAACAUGCCGGCCCCAAUUAUCGUAUUGCCGGGGAUGCGGGGGCGUUCAUCGACCCGUUCUUCUCGUCUGGUAUCCACUUGGCGUUUACCGGUGGAUUGUCUGCGGCUAGUACCAUCGCUGCCUCGAUUCGAGGGAAUUGUACUGAAGUGGAAGCCUGCGGCUUUCACAACGCGAAAGUAGGAACCGCGUAUACACGCUUCCUUCUCGUUGUUCUCGGCGUCUACAAGCAGAUACGGUCCCAGGAAACGGCCGUUCUGUACGACGUCGAUGAAGACAACUUUGACAGGGCGUUUCAUUUUCUUAGACCUGUCAUUCAAGGAUCCGCGGAUGCAGACGAACAUCUCACAGAGGCGGAGCUCCAGAGCACACUCGAUUUCUGCAGGAACGUGUUUGCGCCUACCCGGCCUGAGGCUCAUGAAGCUGCUGUUCGGCGACUUGGGAGUCUGGCUGAUCCAGAUGGGCCUUUGCUUGGCACGGACACUGUUGACGAGCUCACUGGAACGGACAUGGACGCGAAACACGCGCUGUGGAAGAUCAACGCGCGGAAGCCGCUACAUUCGAUGUAUGACUGUAAGAGGAAUUUUGGAACGGAGAUUAUUAACGGGUUCUAUGUUAGGAUGGUGCAAGGGAUGUUGGGUCUCGUGCGCGUCUAGCGUCAUUCUAAUUUUUGUACCAACUUUUAGUCUGUAAUGAAGAGCCUCUGUAAGUUACAGGCGUUGAUAAAUGGAUAUUCUACAGUCG